UCCCACGAGAGACCAGCCCCCAUCUCUAGAACUUUCCUCCUCGCCUCCGCCUCCGCCUCCUUCCUCCUCCCAGCUCCAAACCCAGGAAACCCUCACCUCCCCUCGCGGUCUCCUCCACCCGCAUCCCAAAUCCCAGCCCGCCACCACCGUACUCGAGCUAGAAGGAGGAGCAGAGCAGGAUGCCGCCGAAGAAGGCCCCGGCCGCGUCGAAGGCGGACGUGGCGAAGAAGCAGAAGGUCCUGGAGGACAAGACGUUCGGGCUAAAGAACAAGAACAAGAGCAAGAACGUCCAGAAGUAUGUCCAGUCCCUGCAACAGUCCGGCCAACCCAAGCCUGACCCAACCAAGACUGCCGCCAAGAAGAAGAAGGAGGAGGAGAAGGCGCGCGAGAAGGAGCUCAGCGAUCUAUUCAAGGUCGCCGUCAGCCAACCCAAGGUCCCAGUUGGUGUUGAUCCCAAGUCAAUACUUUGUGAGUUCUUCAAGGCUGGACAAUGUCAGAAGGGUUUUAAGUGCAAGUUUUCACAUGACCUGAAUGUCCAGAGGAAGGGUGAGAAGAUUGAUAUUUACAGUGACAAGCGCGAUGGAGAAGAUACAAUGGAUGACUGGGAUCAGGAGACCCUUGAGAAGGUUAUCGCGUCAAAAGGGGCAGAGUACCAGCAGAACAAGCCUACUGAUAUCGUUUGCAAGCACUUUCUUGAUGCCGUGGAGAAGAAACAAUACGGCUGGUUUUGGGUUUGUCCAAAUGGUGGGAAGGACUGCCACUACAGGCAUGCACUUCCGCCUGGCUAUGUACUAAAGUCCCAAAUGAAGGCCUUACUAGAGGAAGAGCGUCAAAAGGUCGCAAUUGAAGAUGAGAUUGAAGAUCAGCGGAAAAAGGUUCAAACCACAACCCCCAUGACUACAGAAUUGUUCAUGGAAUGGAAGAGGAAGAAGGCAGAAGAAAAGGAAGCUGGUCUUGCUGCCUUAAGGGCAGACAGGGCUAAGAAUGACCGCAUGAGUGGUCGCGAGUUGUUCAUGGCCGAUGCAAGUGUUUUCGUUGAUGAUGCUGAAGCAUAUGAAGUUUAUGAAAGACGUGAAGAGUCACAAGCUAGUCAAGAACAGGGCAAGAAAACUCAGGAUGAGGGUCCAAGUUCAUCAACAUCAAAUGGCAAGGAGGCUGAGGAGGACCCUGAUGAUGAAGAUAUAGAUGAUGACGAUGACCUAGACAUGGAUGAAUUAAAUGAACUUGAAGCAAGCCUGUCGAGAACAUCCAUUCAAAUUCGAGAACCAGGUGAGGGUACAUCAUCUUGAACAGGAAAUCUGGAAGGUCAUUGAGAAGUCACACUCCAUUUUUGCGCUCCAAAUCGACCUAGUUGCUUUAGAAAAAAAAAAAGGGUGGAGCAUAGAUGCAACUAGACAUUUGUUUUAAGAGACUAUAUGAGCAUCAUCUGUUUUUGAGGGAGCACUGAUUAAUUAGCGAUGCAGUGUUAUGAUCACAUGACAACUGAUGUUUGCUGUGCUGGCCUUUUAUCCUGUUAUCUUUGUUGGAGAUAUUUUUUUUUACCUGUGUAGAAUAACAGCACUAAAGUUUGUCUUGCCUCGUGCAGAACCAAAUGGCAAAAUUUAAUGCGAAUCCGGUUUUAAUUUGCGACUCA